UUAAAAUAACGUCACAGCUUCGUGAUUCAGGAGAAUGUGCCUCCCACUAGUUGCUUUGUGAGUGCUGGUGAGCACAGGGGGAAUAGGAACAACUCCAAAACUUUUAUUUGUGGCUAAAAAAGAAGCAUAACCCUGUGGCUGGGGACUGGAACUACCAAUGAGUGUGUUUGGAUCUUGGUUUUUGCCUUGCUGGUGACUCGCUUUCUACUCUCUCAUGCAGUUUCAAACCUUGGCAGGGUUUUUCCUCCAUCAGUAAAACGGUAAUAGAGAACCCUCUGGGUGAUUUUAGAUUGUGAAGCGAUCGAUUUGGGGACCAUUAUGUGUUACAAAGUGCUGGGGCAGACAGAAGUGCAGGAUGUGGUGUCACUGGGACCUGGUGACAGCUGUGGGUUGUGUGUUUCUCAAACUGAAAAGCAGUUGGUGGCUGGGGAACCAACGGAAGAAAUGUCUUAUCUUAAAAACCUGCAGGGCAGAUCCCACCCUCCUCCCCUGGCAUGGGGCCAGGGGCUCCAAGCUGGGCCACAACCUCAUCCAGGACAUACAGGAAUUAAACUGGAGGGGAGGGGGAGGCUCCACAAGGAGUUUUAAAUCCUGCAGGUGGGAUUUGCAGGGAGGAGGUGGAUGACAGCCACCUCAGCACACGUUUGCCAGGCAGGUGCCCACGCUCCGGAGUCAGGAGCUUUGCCAAAAUACUGGAAAACUGCUGGUGGUGAUGGUGGAGUGGUGCAAAAUUCGUGUCCUGGAGGUGCUGUCUGUGCUGGGGGAAAGCUGUGUACCUGUGUACCACCUUCCUCUGACAGAGAUGGUGCCAUGAAGCAAAUGCUGAGCUCAUCCAUUCUUGGCUCUCCAGGGGCAAACAUGGAGCAGGAGAGAGGAGAGAGAGUCUGGCAGCACCGUGAGCCCCACACAGCAACUGCUUACACGGAUGUUACGCUCAGAGUCCACAUGAAUCCUGUCUCUAUUCCAAGGAAAAGAGGCUUCCCAAACUGGAGGGAGAAUUCCCCUGACAUCAGUGACCUACUGAGGCAACUUCCAAGCAUGGAAUGGAGCUGGUGAGGAGGGAAGACCCCCAGCUCCGGGAGGUCGUGUGGUUCGCCGGGCGCUGCCGAGCCCUGACGCUGCUGCUGCAGGCUGUCUUUAACCUGCUGAUCCCGGAUCACGCCGCAGAUGCCUUCUCUCCCCCUCGGCUGUCAGAGCCCAGCCCGUGGGAUGUGCUGGUGGAGUGGUUGCUGGGCGGGCUGUCCCACUGGGAUGCAGAGCACUUCCUCUUCAUCGCGGAGCACGGAUACCUGUACGAGCACAACUGCGCCUUCCUCCCGCUGUACCCCCUGAGCCUGUGGGCCGUGGCCAGGGGGGCCCUGUGGCCCCUGCAGCGGCUGCUGCGGCUGCGGAGCCGCCUCCUGCUCUCAGCUGUGCUGCUGAAUUCCCUGUUUUCCGCCCUGGCAGCCGCUGCCCUGUACGAGCUGGGCUGUGUCGUGCUGCGGCGGCGCCGCGUGGCUUUCCUCGCUGCCCUCCUCUUCUCUCUCAGCCCUGCCAACGUGUUCAUGGCAGCUGCUUACUCAGAGAGCAUGUUUGCCUUCCUGGCAUUCGGUGCCAUGUGGCAGCUGGAGAAGGGGAAGAGCUGGCUCGGUGGGCUGCUCUUCUCCCUGGCUUCUGGGGCGCGUGCCAACGGGCUGAUUAACGCUGGCUUCUUCCUCUACUCCCAGGGUAAACGCUUUGCCCUCCAGCUGCAGGUGGGAUCAGGAUCCCUAAGGAGGCUCCCUCUGUUGUGGAAGCAGGUCCUUAGCCUGGCAUCUUCAGCGGUCCUGAUGAGUGCUGGGAUUUUUCUACCUUUUGCUUUGUUUCAGUACUAUGCCUACCUGAGGUUCUGUGGUCCUGGCACUGGCCUGGAUCGGACCAUUCCCGAGCCACUGCUGCAGCUGGCUCGGGACAAGGGCUAUCAUCCGGCAGCCAUGGAUGGGGCUAAACCCCCAUGGUGCUCCCAGAGGGUCCCUGUGGUCUAUUCCUACAUCCAAGACACUUACUGGAAUGUGGGCUUUCUAAGAUACUUUGAGCUCAGACAGAUCCCAAAUUUCUUGCUGGCUUUGCCUGUGACCCUUCUGGUCUCGUGGGCUGCCUGGACCUACGUCAGCACAAACCCCCGGCACUGCCUGACUCUUGGUCUGGAGCGAAGUAAGAGUGAAGAGGAGGGAAAGCCAAGAGAUGGAUUUUGCUGCCCUGCUGCCUUUGUGUACGUGGUCCAUGCCACAGCCCUGCUGGCCUUUGGAUUCUUCUGCAUGCACGUGCAGGUGCUGACCCGGUUCCUUGGCUCCUCCUCUCCCAUCCUGUACUGGUUCUCCGCUCACCUGCUUCAGGAACAUGAACCUUUACUCUGGAGUGCAGGGACUGAUAAUCCACCCCCUGGGAGAUCUGUCCUAGCAAGGGCAUCCUGGGAUUCUUCCUGUGCUACUGGCUGCUGGGACUGCUCCUGCACUGCAACUUCCUCCCGUGGACAUAGCAGGAUGUGCUGGCACAGACUGGGAGCGGUCAGAAUUGAAACUCACUUUUUCUGGAAGCCUGACGUAGCUGUGGUGCUGUUGCAGUUACAAAGGUGUUACUCCUCCGUCACUACGUGUGUGCAGAGCUGCUGUGUCCCAAGUGGGAUGUUCUCUGUGGUGUGAUGGUGCAGUGUCCUGCUCUGAUGUCA